AUGGUAAAAGAUACCAAACUAUAUGAUACUCUGGGUAUUUCCCCGACCUGUACUGAAGCCGAGUUAAAAAAAGCAUACAAAAUCGGAGCACUUAAACACCAUCCUGAUAAAAACGCCUCAAAUCCAGCCGCCGCAGAAAAAUUUAAAGAAAUAUCGCACGCAUAUGAAGUACUAUCUGACCCUCAAAAAAGACACAUAUACGACCAAUAUGGCGAAGAGGGCCUUGAGGGAGGUGGUGGUGCUGCGGGAGGGAUGAACGCAGAAGAUUUAUUCUCUCAAUUCUUCAGCGGUGGCUCUGCCUUCGGAGGUGGAGGAUUGGGUGGCAUGUUCGGGGGAGGGCCACAGCAACGUGGCCCCCCAAAAGCCCGCACCAUUCAUCACGUUCACAAGGUAUCUCUAGAAGAUAUCUACCGCGGUAAAAUCUCUAAACUGGCACUACAAAAGUCAGUCAUAUGCCACAAGUGUGAGGGACGGGGUGGCAAAGAUGGUGCAGUAAAAAAAUGUGCCGGCUGUGAUGGACAUGGAAUGAAAACAAUGAUGCGUCAAAUGGGUCCUAUGAUUCAGCGGUUUCAAACUCACUGCCCCGACUGCAAUGGUGAGGGAGAAGUCAUCCGAGAGAAAGAUAAAUGUAAGACGUGUAACGGUAAAAAGACCAACGUGGAACGCAAAGUACUCCACGUUCAUGUGGACAGAGGUGUUCGAUCGGGGCACCGGAUUGAAUUUAAAGGUGAAGGAGACCAAACCCCCGGAGUUCAACCUGGUGAUGUUAUCUUUGAAAUUGAGCAGAAACCACAUCCAAGAUUCCAACGAAAAGACGAUGACCUUAUUUACCACGCAGAGAUCGACCUUGUUACUGCCUUAGCGGGCGGGUCAAUCUUCAUUGAGCACUUAGACGAAAGAUGGCUGAGUGUGGAGAUACUUCCUGGAGAGGUUAUCUCACCUGGAUCCGUUAAGAUGAUACGCGGUCAGGGUAUGCCAUCCCAUCGUCACCACGACUAUGGAAAUAUGUUUGUACAGUUUGAUGUCAAAUUCCCCGAAAGUAACUUUGCUGCAAAUUCCGAGGCAUACGCAGCUCUGAAGAGUAUUAUUCCGCCGACUGUGGUACCUAUCACUCCACCCACUGAUACCAUGACUGAAACUGUAUACUUCGAAGACAUUGACCCUACUCAACAAGCUCGUGCACAGGGUGCGACAGCAAUGGAUGAAGACGAUGAAGAUGGCCAUCCAGCCGGCGCCGAACGGGUUCAAUGUGCGUCACAGUAA